AUGCCUUCACUCCACUGGGACAGAUUAUUGGUUGGAAUUACCUGUUGUGUAGUGACUGUGACCCUUUGGGCACCCUGUAUUUGGCAGCUUGUCCUCAGGUUUAAAACAGACACUACAGAAUCUGUGGUACCUCCGUGCUUCUGCCUCAACGGUGGUGUCUGUUGGGAUGGAGCCUGCAUGUGCUCAGAGGAGUUGGUGGGGUCUCUUUGUGAGAUAGUUAAUUUCUCUGAAGCCAGUACUUACAAAGUGAGCAUUUCUGAAAGCAUUGUAAAAAACCUUACUUUUGAACGGAUUAUAGUGGGUAAAUAUGGCAACUCCAAAGAAAAAUGCAAACCUGAUACUGUGAAUGGUAACACUUCAAUAGCAAUCUGGAAGUGUACCAGAGAAAGGAGAACUCCUACUUUAGAGUCCCCCAAAAUUCUGAAUUGUAAUGAAAAUCUGGACUCCCUAGCAUCACAGGUAAUCUUAAGGGUUGAAACUGCAGACUCCAGCAAUGUUUCAGCUAUUGCAAGUAACAUUCAAAUCCUCACCUCCAUUCCAGACCAACUGACCACACAGAACAUCUCUGCUGCUGCGAACAUCGCAGUGCAGAUUCUGAAAAAGCCAAAUGUUUCAGAAGAUUCUCAGGCAUCUGUGGCAGUAAUGGCUACAGUGAGUCAACUCCUGGAUGCCAAUGGAACAGAAUUCUACCACAAUAAUCUUGUCAAUGUUACAACAAGCCUCACAAAAACGAUGGAGGAAUUUUCUUUGACUGGCAACAUCUCGCAGCCCAACAUUGCCAUCCAGUCUGCUCCACUGAAAUUAACCUCCUCUACGAUUCUGUUUUUGGCACAGAGAGAUAGAGCACUGGGAUAUUAUCAGCCAACAAAACUAGAAAUAUGGGAAAAUGUCCCUGGGCUUAUUGGUGACCUCAGUACUGAAGUUCAGAUACUGUUCAACAUUAUAAAUAACAGUUCAUCAGACAAUGGAAGAGUUGGCUUUGUCCUGUAUCAAAAUGACAAACCUUUCCAGUCAAGGACUUAACAGAGUCGCAGUACUUUCUCUAAACAAAUUGUCUCUGGCAACAUUGAUGGUGGCAAAAACAGCGGUGUUGAAAUAGCCUUCAGUCCCAAGUACAACACAUCCAAACUUCAGCUGCGUGAUCAUGCCUGUGUCUUUUGGGACUAUACUGUCAACGACUGGAGCACCGCUGGCUGUGCAAAAGGAAGAGACCAGUUCUUGAGAUGCAGGUGUAAUCACACUGCUAAUUUUGCUGUCCUGAUGGCCUUUCAGAUAAAAUAUAAAUAUGCAAAGCCUUUGGAGUAUAUUUCUUACAUUGGUGUUGGAUUGUCCAUUGCUGGUCUGGUCAUUACCAUUUUGUUUCAAAUAUUCACUAGGAAAACUCAAAAGCCAUCUAUAAUGUGGAUGUUAGUGAGUCUCUGUUUCUCUAUGCUCACUUUUAACAUCAUCUUCAUCUCUGGAAUUGAAAACCAAAAUGCCAGGAACCACAGCAAUGAUACCAUCAGCUACUACCAGCAAAACCUUCCUUAUGAUACUGCCAGUAACACCUUACUCACAUCUGACAUGGUAGAUCCUCCUGCAGACUCCUGGUGCAUGGUCGUGGCUGCCCUACUGCACUAUUUUUUGUUGGCGACGUUUAUGUGGACAGCACUCAAUUCUGCACAGCUGUACUUAGUGCUGCUUAGAGCCACGAAGCCCCUGCCUGGACACUUCCUUGUCACCAUGUCAGUAAUUGGAUGGGGGAUCCCUGCUGUAGUAGUUGCAAUAACACUUGGAGCUACUUACAGAGAAGGAAAAGCUUUAAACUACCGGCAGGAAGAAUUUUGCUGGCUUGCAGCACUGGAUCAAAAUCAGAAUUUUGGCAUGCAAAAGCCUAUGUUGUGGUCAUUCCUUUUGCCAGUAGCGCUCAUACUUCUGUUUAACAUUAUAACCUUCAUCAAGAUCACAGUCUCUGUGAUAUGGAAGAAGAACGAGAAUUUGACAAGGAAUAAAAAGGAUUCAUUUAUGAAAAAAAUGAUUGGUACUAUCUCUAUAGUUGUAGUGCUUGGAAUCACCUGGACAAUAGGCUACCUCAUGUUAAUAAGUCAUGAAGAAACAAGUCUUGUUUUCAGCUAUCUGUUCUGCCUUUUGAAUGCUACCCAGGGACUUCAGAUUUGCGUUCUGUACACUUUCAGAUCAUCAGUUUUCAAGAAAAAAGUUCCCAAAGUGUUUGCCGCUUUCUGGGUGCCAGAGGUAUCGCUCUACCUGCAUUCAAAAACCUGCUACUUUUCAAAAUCACAGCCUGCAAAGCAUUCACAGGAAACUUUCAGAUCAACCCGGACUUUUUCAGAGAAUAUUUCCUUGUCUACCUUCCCUAACUGGAGUUAG